UCAGAAUUAUUCAUUUAAAGUGACUACUAGUAUAUAUAAAAUUAAUUAAAAAAAUUUUCAUACAUUUCAAAAAAAAAAAAAAUUGAAAACUUAUUCUGAGCAUAAGAAUAUAUUAUAAAAAAGAAACAUUUACAUUAAAAAAAUAGAAAAUUAAAAAAAGUCAAAUACAACAGUUCCAUUAAUUGUGAAAAUGACAAAAAUUAAUUAUAUUAUUAAUUAUAGUUUCAUUAUUUUAAUUCUAGUGCCAUUUUCUCAAUCAUUAGAUUAUCGUUUGCCAACUAAUGCAAUACCACGUAAUUAUAAAUUAUUCUUGAAUCCCGAUUUAACAUCUGGAAAUUGGGAUUAUGAUGGAACUGUAAUUAUUGGAUUAGAUAUAUUAACAUUAACGAAAAAUCUAACACUACAUUCUUCUAAAUUAAAAAUACAUAAUUAUCGAACAAAAUUAAGUAAUGAUUCAAUUUUCAUUCAACCAACUCGUCAUACUUUGGACAAAAAAAGAGAAUUUUUGAUUUUAAAUUUUGGGACUAAUUUAUAUCCAGGUUAUUAUAAACUUGAAAUAAAAUUUAAAGGCUAUUUGAAAAAUAAUACUAGAAUUGGAUUCUACAGAGACUCGUAUAUUGACGACAACAAUCAAACAAUAUAUUUUGCUGCAACGCAAUUUGAACCAACUUUCGCUCGUCGUGCAUUUCCAUGUUGGGAUGAACCCGCAUUAAAAGCCACUUUUAAGAUUGCUAUAAAACACUAUUCAAAUUAUACAGCUCUCUCUAAUAUGCCGGCAAUAAAAGGCAAACUGAUACAUAUGGAUAAUGGAAAAAUUUGGACAAAAUUUGCAAUAACCCCAUUAUUAUCUACUUACACAGUGGCAUUCACGGUUUCUGAUUUUAAAGAGAUAACCAAUCAACACAAGAACUUUUCCGUUUGGACAAGAAGAAAUGUUGCUGAUCAUCUAAUUGAAUAUGGAUUUAAAGUUGCAGUUGACGCAAUGAAAAGUUUUGAAAAUUUCACCAAUAUUCCAUAUUCCCUUCCAAAAAUGGAUAUAUUUCUUGUGAAAGAUUUUUUCAUUUCCGGAAUGGAAAAUUGGGGAUUAAUUCUAAUCAAAGAAAGAAAUUUUUUGUCAAACGAAAGAACUAAUAAUAUAAUGUUCAGGACUAUCGGAGGAAUUAUAUGUCACGAAAUAAUUCAUCAAUGGACAGGAAAUCUAGUUUCACCUGCAUGGUGGUCGGAUAUAUGGAUAACAGAGGGUUUACCAAACUAUUAUCAAACUUUAGUUUUUGACAAAAUGGAAGUACAAGAGAAUACUGUGGCACAAAUAUUCCAUCAAAAGUUGCGGGGAAGUUUCUUACUUGAAGAAGAUCGAACUUGCCAACCUCUUCAUCAAAAAAUAAAUGAUGCAUCUAAUAUCUUUCAUGAUAUUACAACACUUUAUUCUAAAUCGCAGAUAAUUUUUAAUAUGUUAGCCAGCAUAAUUAGCAGACAGGUUCUAAACAAAGGAAUCAAGAAAAUUUUAAAAGAAUACCAAUUUAGUACAAUUUCAACGGAUCAGUUUUUUGAAACUAUUCAAGAAUCUGUGAACAAUUCCACUUAUUUACGGGGUAAAUACGACUCAUUGGAUGUCAAAUCAUUAAUAAUGCCUUAUAUUACACAAGUUGGAUAUCCAGUUAUCGAUGUAUUUAGAGAUAAUGCAACAGGAAUUAUAAAAUUGACUCAAAAAUGUUAUGUAUGUGAAGAGAAUAAUUCCACGGAUCUAAAAUGGCCAAUUCCAAUAACUUAUACAACAGAAUCUUUACUUGAGUUUAAUUUUUCACAAACUAUUAAUCUUUUUACUCCUUCAAUGAAUGAAUUAAUCAUUAAUAAUGUUAGUAUAAAUGAUUGGAUUAUUUUCAACAUACAGCAAAAUGGGUAUUAUCGAGUUAAUUAUGACGAAACUACUUGGCAACAAAUAACAGAUUUCAUGAAUUCCAAGAACUAUACGAAAAUUCAUGUCAAAAAUAGACUUAGAAUUUUGGACGACGCUGGUUGGUUUUAUCUUAAAGGAAAAUUAUCAAAAGAAAAUUUUUACAAACUUUUAUCGUAUUGUAUACGUGAGAGAUCAAAUUUAAUUUGGUCAUCAUUGGGUGAUAUUCUUAUAAAAAUUAUUCUUUAUAUGAAGGACAAUGUACUGGAUUUCUACAAAAAUAUUGUCGAUACAAUUAUAAAGGAAAAAAUGUUUGAAGAAAAUGAUCAACGAUUGGUGGAUAUUAAAGAAAACCUUAGAAUAUUAUAUCUCUGUCAUAAGAACUCAGAACUAUUUAGAAAUAUCUUUUAACUAGAAAAUCAUUUAAAAAAAUAUUUAUUUGCAAAUUAUUUUCUUUGAAUAGCUAAUUGUUUUAUAUUUCUUGAUUACAGAGUAAUUACUUCAUUAUAUUUCGACUAAAGUGGUGGAGAAGGAUUAUCUUUUUCAUUAAUAUUUAAUUAAUAUUUUAAUUAAUACUAAAUAAUUCUGUAAGAUAUCUGGUGUAUAAAAUAAAAAAAUUAUUUUAAAA